AUACUAUCUUGCAAUCUAACACAAUGCAUCUUGCGUGGUUAACUUUUGGUGCUUCCAUCUUCGCGCUCACGGCGGCCCAGCCCUUACAGGCUCGGCAAGAGGAACUCAAAAAGGUGAAGCUCAAUGACGCGCCAGCAGCUUUGCAAGAGUAUACGCGCAAGUUCAACUCUUUUGUUGGUCAGUUGGAUAACACCUGCCAAGCUGAAGUGGUGACCCAGCGGGUUAUUCUUGCCCUAAUUGGGUCAGAGGAAAGCAUUUCUGACUACGCUGGGCUAAUACGUGCCGUGGUUCACGGCCUUCCAGGUGACUGUCAAGGGAAGCUUAAACACGCUAUGACGCAGCCGACGGCGCUUAAUUCUAAAUUACGUUGGUUUGGCAGCUACGAUUUCUGUUUCCGAGAUGGCACUGAGAUAGACUGUGGUACCAAGCGAUACUGUGAAGACCAACGAUAUCGGGAAUUCUUCGAGUUCUAUGAGAGCCCCGAGCAGUGCCUGGCUGCCAGGAAGUCACCACAAGGCGCGUCACCGAACGCAGCAGGCUCUGAGCCUCCGCUUUCCAGUUCAACUCCAACAAAAACUGCCCACAUCCCGCUGAAGCCAUUCUAUCCUGCCCCAACAGGUAUUCAGUUUACAACUUUCAAUCGCGGCAGUGAGGAGGUCUUAGGGACCAAGGUGUAUUGUGCUGAAAACCAAUACCCAUACACCGAAGAAGAAGGAGAAGUAUUCAAAGAUGAGAAAGAAUGCUUGGCCGCUAGAGAGCCAGAGCCAAGCUCAUCAGCUGAACCUUCUCCCAGUCAGGCGACCGAUUCCAAUCGCAUAAUAUACCCCGAUGAAUGGGAGCGUAUCUCGUCUGGCUCCACCAGUUCUUAGCCUGAUAAGGCUUGUUAGAAGAAUGGAGCUAGUCAAAAUUUGUAUUGGUUUUCUGAGAUCUGUAUUCGGAGCCGGGCUGAUCUGUGUUGGUCAUCAAUGGCAAAUCUACCUUGGUGCGAAAACAUAUACACAUCCGGAGGAGUGACGUGCAUAGGCUGAUUCAACAUCUGCAAAACAAUCAUGACCAGUGAUCCUUGUUGUACUAGUGUACUAUGUCUUGCACAGAUAGAUUCAACAUUUGCUGUGAAGUUUUACUAUUCUCGCUAAUAUGCAAAGCUCUUGACUUUGUAGACCUAUUAAGGGUAGCUGGAUAUGCUUCACUGUAAGCUAGUCAGAGUAUUCGUUAAUACUAUUGUGGAAAAGAUA